AUGUACAGAGACCUGGAAAAGUAUUACCUUUCCACCAUGUACAGCUUGGAGUUCAUUUUAGGCUUCACUGGGAACACCAUCGUUGUGUUUGGCUAUAUUUUCUGCCUGAAAAACUGGAAAAGUGGCAACAUCUACCUGUUCAAUUUAUCGCUAUCAGAUUUAUUGUUCCUGUGCACUCUCCCCAUCCUGGUGAACAGCUACUCCCGGGAUCAGUGGGCGAAGGAGAGCACCUUGUGUCACAGCAACAGGUUCCUGCUGCACGCAAACCUGUACAGCAGCAUCCUCUUCCUCACCGCCAUCAGCAUUGACCGGUACAUGCUCAUAACGCACCCCUUCAGGGACCACGUCCUGCAGAAGAGGAGAACGGCCCUGGCAGUGUCUGCGGGCAUCUGGGUGGGGGUGAUACUCGAGCUGCUGCCGCUGAUGUAUUUCCUGGAGCCCUUAAAUGCUGACAAUAACUACAAGUGUCUGGAUUACGCGAGCUCUGGAGACCCCGUGAAAAACCUCAUCUACAGCAUGUUCCUGACGGUGUUCGGGUUCCUCAUCCCCCUCGUCAUCAUGUGCUGCUUCUACGUAAAGAUGGUUCUGUUUCUUAAGAACAGGAGCGAGCAGCUCAGCUCUGCCCUGGCACUUGAGAAGCCCCUUGCUUUGGUGGUCCUGGCGGUGGUUGUCUUCUCUGUGCUCUUCACCCCCUACCAUGUCAUGCGCAAUGUCCGAAUUGCCUCCCGAAUACCGGCCUUGAGUGUGUCUGCCUGCACCAAGAACAUCAUCAACACCAUUUAUAUCGUCACGAGACCCAUCGCCUUCCUGAAUAGUGCCAUUAAUCCGGUGUUUUAUUUCCUGAUGGGAGACCACUUCAGAGAGAUGCUGAUGGCAAAAGCAAGGCAGCUCCUGAGCAGGCUGACAGCAACCUGCAAGUGA